CUACGUUCAGCUGUAUAGAAUGUUUUCAGCUAUACAAUGGAAUAGAGAUUCAAUUAGUGACAGGUUGCUAGCCCAUCGCCUACAAGAAGAAUCCCAAGUUUAUUUGGCUUUUACGACAUCCAUGGGAAAGAUGUUGUCCUAUUCUAAAGUCCCGAUAACCACACGGUUCGUUAGAUAGCUUAGUUAUUAUAAAUCAGUUACUUUUGGAUAGAUCUGACUUGAUGAAAUGGAAAACGCCAUUUUAGUUAGCAUACCUUUUCGAGCAUAUAUUUCGACAUAUAAAUUUUCUAGGUUUCAAACCGUUCGCCUCAAAACAAAUUAUAAUAAUGACGUCAAAAGAAGGCGGUAUCACAUGCGAGUACACUAAGGACAUCGACCCGACCGACUCGCGGUACUGUUUCAUAAUAGAUAUGUUAGAAGACGUCUUAGAUAAAGUCGAAGAGAUAUCCAUUGAUGAAACAUUCACUAUUUACAAUGAUAAAGGCGAUUUCGAAGUGAUCAAUAGUCCGAAAGAUGACGAUUCCAUCUUUACGCCGCCACUCGAUAAAAAGAACGAUUAUUUGCACACAAUCGAAGAAGAUUGUGUUGAUUCUUCUACAUCGGAAACGAAUUCUGUUACAAAUUCUGAAGAUGUGAUACAAAUUAUUAAUGUGGGCGAUAGCGAUGGUAUUGUCAAUGAGAAGUUGUUGUUGUCCGAGUUGGAUAAAGUUGCAGUUCAGACAAAUGAUGAUCCUGUAGAUGUGACUGACUCAAGCGUCAAUAAAACUGAAACUAUUGGAGCUAACGUUAGUAAAAGCAGCAGCAAAUCUAAAAUUUACGUUGCUAAGUCGGAUUCUCUGUCUACACCAAAGCUAUCAGGUUCUUUCUUAUUUUUAUUUUUUAAUUUCGUUGUAUCAAAUGAAUUUAUUUUUAAAAUGUGACUAAAUGAUUCCAUCUGUAGCUAUAUUCAUCAUCCUUCUUGCUUUAGUCCUGCCCCUGUAGCAUUGCACGCGCGACGCCUUUUUUAUCGCGCGAAUAGCUAUCGCCGUCCCGUUUCACGUCAUAAUAAAAAGCGAAACAGAGAUAGUUUUUACCGAUAGAUACUACCUUUCUGUAGUAACGCCUAUGACUACGAUUUUGGAUUAAGUAAGUCAGGUUUUUACACGAAGCGAUUUCUUUUUAACCUCCGAAACCUUUGUAGGGGUAACCCAGCCCAUAUCGAAUCAUGCGUACUCAACCAGUCUUGAUGAAUGAAGGUUUCCUCAUCACGAGUUCUUUCAUCGUAUUCGUAUUGGUACAUACAUAGCUGUUAUUUUGUACAAUAUAGGUGCCUCAGGUUUCUGGCUUCAAUAGAAAAAACAAUAGGACCACUCAAUCCCUUUCCCAUGGAUGUCGUAAAAGGGGACUAAGGGAUAUUCUUAUUAACUUGAGAUUCUUUUAGGAGAUGGGGUAGCAACCUGUCACUGUUUGAAUUAAACUAUCAUAAAACCAACCAGCUGAACGUAGCCUAUCAGUAUUUUCAAGACUGUUGGCGCUGUUUACCCCGCAAAGGAAAUAGACGUGAUUAUAUGUAUGUAUGCAUGUAUGUUGUAGUAUUCUCGCUCAAUUGUACUUCAUCUACAGCGUCUCAAUCUACUUUGAAGCUGCCAAGUGAUGAGGAAAUGAGCGUGCAGAGUCUGCUGAAAUAUCUUCGUAGAAGGAAUACUUACGGCAUCCACAUUGAUGCGGAUAUUGACUGAAUUUUAUAUUUAAUUAUUUUGUACCAUCGUUAUCUUUUUGAUCCUCGGUUUCAUUGAAUUAAUAUAAAUUUUCCCUUACUGCUGGUCUCAUACUUUAUUUUUAUGUAGUUUUAGUGCUAUUUUGGUUCUUAUCGUAAAUUUAUUGAUUCUUUGAAUGAUUAAAUCAAUUUCUUAUUAGAAUUGAGCCAGGAAAUUUUAAAAUCCUUUCAUAUUGUUUUCCUAUUACGAUCCCAAUCUCCCAUUAUUUUUAUCGUUGAAGCUUUGAUUUUACAAUGAUUGAAAUUUAUUUAGAUACUAUAUAAAGUACUAUAGUUUACUUACUAAUAUUAUUUUACAAUAUCUGUUACAACUGAAUUUUAUUUAUCAUUUUUUGUAAAUAAAUUUGGAAUGUCUACAAGUUUCAUUAUUUUGAUACGUUCGGCAGAAUGACAAUCGUUAAUGUGAGUGUUUUAUAGAUUGAAACGUAGCAAAAUUACAUAUUUACUAACAAUUUUACUUUUAUUUAAGUUGGUAGAUAUGUUAUUAUAGUAGAAUAUCCCGUAUUAAGAAACGUGUAACGUUAGAAAUACUUAUUCCAUCAUGAAAGUAUACAGCUGAACGUGGCCUUUUAGUCUUUACUGUCGGCUCUGUCUACCCCGCAAGGGAUAUAGACGUGACUAGUUUGUAUUAACGGCAGGUUUGGCAUUAGUCGUAGAUUACAAUACUCAAAAGGGUUUUUUUAGCAAGUAAAUACAUAUUAAGGAUAUCGCUAUCUCCUAAACUAAAUCUCGUAGACAAUGUAGACGUAUAGAU